AUGCUCAGGCUACUUCAGGGCGCUCGAGCCCAGACAAGCGUACAAGUACAAACAACACGCAUACAGACAUUAUCAUGCACACAUACACAAGUGCGUACACACACCACGCGCACACAUCCUUCUAAGGCACAUGUCCAAGCACGUUCGUAUGUAACUGACAAGCCUACAGGCAAAGACGCUGAGAAAAAAGGGGGGUUGUUUGAAAGAGCGUACGAUCGGUUCUUUAAACAGACUGUGCCUGUCGCGGAAUCACCUGCGCCAAAGGUAGCUACCCCCUUAGAAGGCACCAAGACCUCCGCUGAAUCAGCGCACGUACACACACCCAAACCUAAACCCGAUACCAAACCCGAUACAAAUACGUCUCAAGUACGUGCAGACCAAAACAAGCACACGAAAGCCCAAGCUCAACGCGAACGAGAGACACGGGCGGCAGAGAAGGCUAGCAGGCUGAGGCGCUCGCAGAAAGUGGGGUACAAUGGACUGGAGAAGGUGAACCAUCGAGCGAAGAAGAAGACCAUUCUGAAGGUCAAGGGCCUGCCACGCCCAGAGAACAGUCCUGAGCCACCCGCUACGGUUGAUGAGGCUCAGUUGAAUAUUGCUAAGCCUGGAUUGAUUAG